ACACCCUUGGCACGUGCUCCAUGGACAAUUUUUAAAAAAAAAUUAAAAUUAAAAAAUCUGGAAGUCAGGGAGCUGGGAAAAGAAGCACGCGCGACAAUCUCAACUCAAAAUUCUGAUUUCACCCAUUCUCCAUUCUCUCUUAAACCCUAAAACCCUAAAACCCUAAAAUUUACCCAGCCACCGCCGUCGCCCCGCCAUUCAAGUCUCUGGCCACCGACGUUGUCCCGCCACUCCAGUUGCCUGCCGUCAACCUCUACGGUGCUCCCCAGAAUCUUGAAGAAAAAUUUAUUAAAUAUGUCGGUGACAUACUAAGUAUAAAUUUCAGCAUACAUCACUUAUACACCGCCAUCCUUCUACAAUGGCAUCCACUUCGUCAAUGGAAUCUCUUAUCCUCAAACUCCACGAAAUAUCUGCUGUCAAAUUUGGCAACUUCAAGCUAAAAUCUGGCAUAUCUUCCCCUGUUUACAUAGACCUCCGUUUGAUCGUAUCAUACCCAUCUCUUCUCUCUCAAAUCUCCCAAAUUUUAAUAUCUGCUGUUCGUUCUUCAUCUCCUUCAGCCACUUUUGAUGUAAUAUGUGGCGUUCCCUACACAGCUCUUCCAAUUGCCACUGUUGUUUCCGUGGAUAAUAACAUUCCUAUGCUAAUGCGUCGCAAAGAGGUUAAGUCUUAUGGAACUGGGAAAGCCAUUGAAGGUGUUUUCCAGCCUUCACAAACUUGCCUUAUUAUUGAAGACCUUGUAACUAGUGGGGCUUCUGUUCUUGAAACUGUUGCUCCUUUGCGCGAUUCUGGUCUUAAGGUUACUGAUGCUGUUGUUUUGAUUGAUAGGGAACAAGGAGGUCGAGAAAAUUUAGCAGAGAACGGGAUAAGAUUGCACUCCUUGUUGAAGCUCAGUGACAUGGUUGGAGUUUUGAGGAGGUUGGGUAAGGUGGAAGAAGAAACAGAAAAGAUGGUCUUGAAGUUCCUGGAUGAGAAUAAGAAAGUCUCGGUACCUAAUGUGGGAAAAGACAAGCUUGGGGUAUCCAAGUUGGGUUAUGGAGAGAGGGCUAAAUUAGCGAAAAAUGAGGUUGGUAGACGAUUGUUUGAGAUAAUGGUGAAAAAAGAGACCAAUUUGUGCUUGGCUGCUGAUGUAGGUACAACUUCCGAGUUGCUAGCUCUGGCCGAUAAGGUUGGACCAGAAAUAUGUUUACUGAAGACUCAUGUUGAUAUAUUGCCUGAUUUUACUCCAGAAUUUGGUUCGAAACUUCGUUCGAUUGCUGACAAGCACAAUUUCCUUAUCUUUGAGGAUAGAAAGUUUGCUGACAUUGGCAAUACUGUAACAAUGCAAUACGAAGGAGGUGUUUACCAUAUCUUGGAUUGGGCUGACAUAAUCAAUGCUCACAUUAUCUCAGGCCCUGGGAUUGUGGAUGGUCUAAAGUUGAAGGGGUUGCCUCGUGGUAGAGGUCUCUUGUUGUUGGCUGAAAUGAGUUCUGCUGGUAACCUCGCAACUGGAGAAUACACAGCAGCUGCUGCGAAGAUUGCUGAGGAUCACUCAGAUUUUGUCAUAGGUUUCAUUUCGGUGAAUCCGGCAUCUUGGAAAUGUGGCCCUGUCAAUGCAGCUCUUAUUCAUGCUACACCUGGAGUUCAAAUGGUGACUGGCGGAGAUGCCCUUGGUCAGCAGUAUAAUACUCCAUAUUCAGUUAUAUGUGAUAGAGGGAGUGAUAUAAUCAUUGUUGGGCGCGGAAUCAUUAAAGCAGCUAAUCCUGCAGAGACUGCUCGUGAAUACCGGCUUCAAGGGUGGAAUGCAUAUUUAGCCAAGUGCGCGUAGGAAUUCAGGUCUGUUUAGACUUGCUAAGUUAUGCAUUUCAGUUGUCUGAUGUUUUCAAUAAUCUGUAACUUUGAAGAAAACCCCAAGGGUCCAAAUCUCUUUUAGUUUGUCAAUAGAUCUGGUCCAGUUAUUCAUAGUUUUGUUUGUUUCUUGAAAUAUGGUUUUGGCAAAUUGCCGCCAAUGAAUCUUUAUGUUUAACAAUGCAUAAUUAUAAUAAGUCAGGGCUUUGGCAUUUUUGUCUUAGUUAAUUUGAUGGAAUAUGGGAAAAGAAGUAGCCUCCUUUUGAUCAGGAAAA